UGCUUCCUUUUAACCUAUUAGAUUGGGUGCAGGCCAGGUUCCUGGAAUGGGCCUCUUCUCCUCGGUUACUUUAGCCUGUCUGAGAACUAGUGUGUACUUCCCACCAGUGGGGAGUGGGAAGGGCAUGCUGCCUUGUCCCACUUGCUUUUUCUGUUUGUUUUCAUGCCAAGAAGCCUAGUCAGGAGACUCGCUUUGGCCCAGAAGAUUCUCCCACAGGAAGUAAGAUAGGGUCUGCCAGUCGGCGUUUCUUUUUAUUUCUUGCCCCGUCUUUGGUAUUUGUUAAACCAGGAUGUGGAAGAGGUCAGACUGAUGUUCUUUGGACUUGGUUAGGAAUCUGUUGAAAAGCACCAAGCUUUGCAAGAUGGCCCUUCUCACAAUUUUUAGAAUUCUUUUGUGGGGAAUGGUGCUUUUUAUGGAACAAAGGGUCCAAAUGGCAAAGCCAGGGUGGCCCUCCACCGCCCUCCUUGCUGACGACCCUACAUUGCCCUCGAUUUUGAAUCUGGCCAAAGAUGCCCCUGGCAAGGAGAUGAAGCAGUGGCCCCAAGGCUAUCCCCUGAGGUACAUGCUCAAGUUAUACCAUCGUUCGGCUGACCCGCAUGGCCAUCCGAGGGAGAACCGCACGAUUGGAGCGAAAAUGGUGAGGCUGGUAAAGCCGUCGGCCAACACAGUAAGGCCUCCCAGAGGUUCCUGGCAUGUACAGACCCUGGACUUUCCUCUAGCAUCAAACCAGGUAGCAUACGAACUAAUCAGAGCCACUGUGGUUUACCGCCAUCAACUUCAUCUAGUUAAUUACCAUCUCUCCUGCCAUGUGGAAACUUGGGUUCCUAAAUGCGGGACCAAGCACUUACCUUCUUCUAAAUCAGGUUCCUCAAAGCCUUCUCCCAUGUCUAAAGCCUGGACAGAGAUAGAUAUUACACAUUGUAUUCAGCAGAAGCUCUGGAAUCGCAAGGGACGGAGUGUUCUUCGCCUCCGCUUCAUGUGUCAGCAGCAAAAAGGCAAUGAGACUCGUGAGUUCCGGUGGCAUGGCAUGACAUCCUUGGAUGUUGCCUUCUUGCUACUCUAUUUCAAUGACACUGAUGAUCGAGUUCAGGCUAAACUUCUUGCAAGAGGCCAAGAGGAGUUAAGUGAUAGGGAAUCUUCUUUUCUCGUGCGGAGUGUCCGGCAAGCAUGCAGCAUUGAAUCUGAUGCCUCUUGUCCUUCUCAGGAACGUGAUGGGUCUGUAAAUAACCAGUGUUCCCUCCAUCCUUACAAGGUCAGCUUCCACCAACUAGGCUGGGAUCACUGGAUCAUUGCUCCUCGUCUCUAUACCCCAAAUUACUGUAAAGGAAUCUGUACUCGGGUAUUACCCUAUGGUCUCAAUUCACCCAACCAUGCCAUCAUUCAGAGCCUUGUCAAUGAACUAGUGAAUCACACUGUACCUCAGCCUUCCUGUGUCCCUUAUAAUUUUCUUCCUAUGAGCAUCCUUCUGAUUGAGACAAAUGGGAGUAUCUUGUACAAGGAGUAUGAGGGUAUGAUUGCCCAGUCCUGUACAUGUAGAUAAUAGUGAAGUUGUUGCUAUCUCAGGUUUCCCAAGAAGCUAUAGAAAACUCUGUUAAAGCUGGCAGUGAUCGACCCAACUUACAGAUUCUGUUCCUUAUCUUUAAAAAAUAUAUUGUGCUUAUGCUUAACAUAUAAGAGCCCUUUGUACUCUAUAAACAAAAUGCUAGGAUCCCAUCUUAAUAUUUUUAAAAAGUAAUUUAAAAUACCAUGAAAUGGUUAUCUUAAGCAUUGUUUAAAUCUCUUGCCCCAUUUUUGAACUCCUCAGCUUGUAAAAAUGUUUCUGGUACUGGUAUCCUAGCAUGGGUCAGUAGAACUUAACUAUAGCCCCCAAUACUGAGAUAAGAUGCUUUCUGGAGAUACAUUUUUAUGUCAUUUUUAUUGUGACUUUGGAAAAAAAAAACAAAACAAGAAAAUACUGGUCCAUGGUAGCAGAACAUAUGGAGUCCUGGGGUGACUUCAUUCUGGGCUCACUUGAUUUAUGUGUCCAGUUGGGCUCUUCUGGGCUUAGGUCUCUGGGAGACAACCUUGCUGUUUGGGAGGAAGUAUAGAGCUCUUUCUUGAACUAAAUUAU